CGAGAGCAGCUUGGGACGGAGCCAUGUCUCACGGGGCACGGGUGAUCCGCACCGGGGUGAGCAGCGGGGGCCCCGCGGCCCCGCCGGCCCUCACCGUCGCCUCCUCCUCGGCGGGCUCGGACGCGGAGCUCAUGGACGGCGCCUAUUUCCGCUCCUGCGCCGGCAUGCUGAAGGUGGCCCAGAUGAUCUCACUGCUGAUUGGAUUCAUCAGUGUAAAUAAUUCUCCAUGGACGGAUUACAGCGCAUACAGCUUCUUUCAGAUUGUCACCAUGUGCGAUUUGGUUAUGAUUUUGUUCUUCUACAUUACCCACAUCUUCAGGAUCUACAGGAAGCUCAAUUGCGUGAGCUGGCCACUUGCGGAGUUCCUUCAUUACUUAAUUGGUACAAUUCUGCUUCUCAUUGGAUCGAUUGUAGCAGCAGCCAAGAGUUACAAUGUGACCGGACUUGUGGCUGGAGCGACUUUCGGGUUCCUAGCUACAAUACUUUGUAUUUUAAGCAUGUGGUCGUCCUACAAGGUUUCGUGCAUCACGCAGUCAACAAAUGCAUCUGUGUGACUCCAUCAUCUGUGCAAGAUGUCUGCCUUACAAAAUAGGAUACCAAAGAGGAGCGUCCACUACCGAGGAGGGGGCAUGGGUGUUAUGUUACUAGCCUGGACAGCUGGUAGCUUUGGAAUAUCUACUUGAAUGCCUAUGCAAAACAAUGUUGUGAACCAAAGUAUUUUUGCUCCCCUCCCUUCUCCCCACCCAAAGAAGUUUAUAAUGGAGAACCUGCUUGUUCUGGAGAAAGACAACUUCUGUCUCACAAGCUGGGCUGUGGUCAUGUCCAGCUAUUUGCAAUAAGUGCAUUUAAAACUCAUUUGGACAGUCGUUGGGUUCUCCUUUCAGAGGGAUAGAAAAAUUGCUUCUGAUUUUCUCCAUCUGUUUACACAAGGGAAGUCCUACAAAUUCCUACCUGAUCCUUAACUUCCAAGGGUGAUUUGUUAAAGGAACUGUUAUAAACUAAUUUGUGCCUGGAUACACGGACCCAAGUCUUUGUUACCUCUUUCUAUCAGAACUAUGGACUUUUUCUAAUAUCAGCUCAGCCAGCAUAAAAAAUUAUGAACUGCAACUUGAAUACAUCACUGCAAACACUCCCUCCUAGCCCCAACAGUACAUGAUAAAAUCGAGGAUUUCCUCCAUGAAUUUUUACAGGAUAUUAGCAAUCAAAGAUUAUUCUUUAAAAACUUCCCCUUGCCAAAUACAGGAAAAUACGUACCCAAGAAUAUAAGUUUAAUGUUUUGUGGGAUCUUUUUUUUUCUUUUCACAGUAAGACCUGUUCUGUAGAAAAUUUCUGUGCAUUUCCCUUAAAUUAUUCUCUUUGGAACCUAACAGUGUUCAUGGAAAGCACACUGUGCUGCUUUCUCUUACAUGUGGUGUGUCCCUUCCUCUGCCUCAGCUGGAAUCCAUGAUCCUGGAGACUCUGCCCAGAGCCUGGACAGACAGAACAGUCCAGUUUUGUCCAACCUGGUAUGAUCAUGAAGUUCUAUGUAACUUCAAU